GUUUGGAGGACCCAUGCAACGAGAUGGAAUUGUCGACCGAAACAUAAAUAAGACCUUUCAGAUCCUCUGAAUGGAUCAUGAAGUUCAAAAUCAUCCCCUUGAGUUUCAAAAUCACAACCUAGAGCCGUCAAUUCAGGUCCAUAGAUAUUCUAUUCAAAGAGGAUCUUGUCAUUCGGACGUAGCUUGAAGCUUCUUUAGUGAAUCUUCCGAAGAACCUUUCACGACGUCCACUCAGAGUGGUCUUUUGAACUUGUCAAGUGAGCUUCGGCAACAAGUCAAAGCCAAUCGUGUACCCCCUUGAAGACCUGAAACAUAAUCACCGGGCCCGGGAAUGUGUUUUUACAACCAGAAGCGUUUCUCCUGUGGAGACUGGAGCUGGACCAGCUUCGCCCAUCGGUGCAAUUACGAAUACCGCACCGGCGAAACGUGCGGAAUGAAGCUCGUUAAUAUGACUGAGAACGACAACAACAAGUGCCGCCUCUGCGAGAAGAUUGAAACCAAGUUCCGGCGCCGAAGCGCCGAGAUUGAUCGCUUGGAACGGUGGAAGCGGGAAGGUGCCACUCUGGUGGCCUCCAUCGACCGUUCCCACAAGCUCAUCAUGGAGCUGGACAAGGAGAUUUGUGCUCUGCAACGGGAACGCGAGGAUCGACGUCGAACGUUGCUGAGAUAGCACCAUUCUGCAUGUUCAAAAAUCAGUGACAUUCCUUCAGCGAGCAGCUAGUGUGUUCAGUAUUCCUUGUUAUCGGGUCGUUUUGAUUUUUGUGUUUUUGGUCUCAUCGGUUGGUGGAUUGUUAAUGGCGUUUCAUGUUUCACCAUGCAGGAUAUAGUCUGUGACAUCAAUUUGAAUCAAGUGUCUGCAAUGUGACGGACAUAAUCAUUUCUCUGAAGACUCGGAAGACUCCACGUAGACUUUCUCUCAUUGGAUGAUUCGUAGUAUUUCUCCUCUUUUCUAUAGGCCAACGGCAUCCAAUGGAUAUAUUGAUGUGGGCUAGUCAUGUUGUAAGCGCCCUGGUUCUCUGGGUGAGCGGUUCGCUGAGACGACUCCGGUCUCAUAGAGGAAAAUGGAGAAGGUCCCACGCUACAAAUUCCUGACGGAGGCUACUGGAGCCUAGCGAGGAAUCAAUAUUAGCCAUUCAGUCCGGCGAGGACUGGACGAAAUGUUGCAAUGGAGGCAGAAUGAAUGGUUGCUGGAAGGUGGGAUGAUGGAAACCAAACCCCUCACCCUGUCACGUGGAAACAUGAAGCUUAUGUAACCCAGAGGGUGCCCGCCUGACAGUUGGGCAGAUUUUUGAGAAGUUGUCCACGGAUAGAGACUCGUUGUGCUCGGGUCACGUAUCCGUACCUGAAGGGAAGUGGGUCCGUACUAGAGCAACUCUGUGGCAGUUAGAUCUACUACACCUGAACGUGAACGUACUUCCUCUAAGCCAAAACUCGCAAGCGGGCUCUAACGGUUAGGCAGGACACGAUAUUCACGCUUGAUGACGGUGAUCAGGUUUCAAAAUCACUCAAUGAAGCAGCCCUUCGUCGUAUGAGCUUCGGUGGUUGUAAUAAGGGAAUAGAUGGGGCAGCGAUGCGGGAGAUAUAUAUCUUCAGGUCAAUCGACCCAUGACACGCUAUGCAUGUAAGAUCGGAGAAUUAGGUUACUUUGGAUGGUUGUGUUGGCCCAACACUUCAUACAACCGCUGUCCACGAGGCAAAGUUGGACUACGUGUACCUACGCCUGACCUGACAAAUAGCAUCAGGUGGACAGCAGAUUGGAACAGCAGGUUCUGACACCCAGCCGUUGGAUGUAUGCCACAUCACGGGCAAGGAGCAAGCAUUGCAGUUAUCGCAGGGAAGUGCAUCUUUCUCCUUCCAUGAUAUGCAAUGGAUGGAUCAACUCG